UUUGUUCCUCCUUAUAGCCUCUUUGUUCCUCCUUCUAGCCUCUUUGUUACUUUCUCUCUCUAAAAACAGAGAUAAGAAAAGGAAAACAAAAAGAACACGUAAUUUUUUUUAUAAUUAUUAAAACCAGAGUUAGAGAGGGAGAGAUAGAUAGAACACACAAUCCAAAUAAAAAUAUAAACAUAAACGAGAAAAAAAGGGGGGAAAAUAAGAGAGAAGGAGCAAUGAAGCAGAGCUCAUCUGAGGCAGUCUCCUCAUCGUCUUCUUCCUCUACGACCAGCGGACCUGACCAAUCACAGCCCGCCACCUCAGCAUCAGUACCCGAAAACCACCACAACCACAGCAAUAGCAAACCCUUGGCAUCGAUAUCGGCGGCGGAUGACUUAGCUGGUGUAGGGUCGCGAGACGGCACCGGUGGGGCCCAGGAAUCAGUGACAGUCGAUCGACGAGGAGAAUACUCGGCGGUUUGCAGAUGGACGAUUCAUAACUUUUCGAGAAUCAAGGCUAGGGCACUGUGGAGCAAGUACUUCGUGGUAGGCGGUUAUGAUUGCCGUUUGUUGGUAUAUCCGAAAGGGGACUCCCAGGCUUUGCCGGGUUAUAUAUCUAUAUAUCUCCAAAUCAUGGACCCGCGGGGUACAGCAUCGUCCAAAUGGGACUGCUUCGCUAGUUACCGUUUAACCAUCGUCAAUCUAACCGACGAUUCCAAAAGCAUUCACCGUGAUUCAUGGCAUCGCUUCUCUAGCAAGAAAAAAUCUCACGGUUGGUGCGAUUUCACGCCUUCUUCUGCUGUUUUCGAUUCCAAAUCAGGUUAUCUCUUCAAUAACGACGCAGUUUUAAUCACAGCUGAUAUCUUAAUCUUGAAUGAAUCCGCUAAUUUCUCGCGUGAUAAUAAUAAUAAUAAUAAUAAUAAUAAUGAUGUUCAACCCUCAUUGUCUUCUAUGAUUUCAUCUUCUGUUGCCAUUCCCGUUUCUGAUGUUUUGAGUGGCAAAUUCACUUGGAAAGUGCAUAAUUUUAGCUUGUUUAUGGAGAUGAUUAAGACACAGAAGGUAAUGAGCCCAGUUUUCCCGGCGGGGGAGUGCAAUUUGAGGAUUAGUGUGUACCAAAGCUCGGUCAAUGGGCAAGAGUACUUGUCUAUGUGUUUGGAGAGUAAGGAUACUGAUAAAUCAGUUGCUUCUGAUAGGAGUUGUUGGUGUUUAUUUAGAAUGUCAGUGCUGAAUCAGAAGCCAGGGUCAAAUCAUAUGCAUAGAGAUUCGUAUGGAAGGUUUGCUGCAGAUAAUAAGAGUGGGGAUAAUACUAGUUUGGGAUGGAAUGACUACAUGAAGCUGUCCGAUUUUGUUGGGCAGGAGGCUGGGUUUUUGGAGGAUGAUACUGCAGUAUUUAGCACUUCAUUUCAUGUGAUCAAGGAGUUCAGUAGUUUCUCUAAAAAUGUGGGGUUGAUAGUAGGGAGGACUGGGAGUGGAUCGAGGAAGUCUGACAUGCAUAUGGGGAAAUUCACUUGGAAGAUUGAAAAUUUUACAAGGUUGAAGGAUCUUUUGAAGAAGAGGAAGAUAACAGGUCUUUGCAUCAAGAGCAGGAAAUUUCAGAUUGGAAAUCGAGAUUGUCGUCUGAUUGUUUAUCCUCGAGGGCAGUCUCAGCCACCGUGCCACCUGUCUGUUUUUCUUGAGGUUACUGAUUCACGAAAUACUUCCAUUGACUGGAGCUGUUUUGUGAGUCAUCGGCUCUCGGUUGUGAACCAAAAGAUGGAGGAAAAGUCAGUUACAAAAGAAUCUCAGAAUCGCUACUCUAAAGCUGCCAAAGAUUGGGGUUGGCGUGAAUUUGUGACGCUUACCAGCCUUUUUGAUCAGGAUUCUGGGUUUCUUGUUCAGGAUACUGUUGUAUUCUCUGCAGAGGUUCUAAUUCUAAAAGAGACAUCCAUAAUGCAGGAUUUCAGUGAUCCUGAGUUAGCAAAUACUGUUCCCCAGAUAGAAAAGGUUGGCAAGAGAACUGCAUUCACAUGGAAAGUGGAGAACUUCUUAUCUUUCAAGGAAAUCAUGGAAACCCGUAAGAUAUUUAGCAAAUUUUUCCAAGCUGGUGGAUGUGAGCUUCGGAUUGGUGUUUACGAGUCCUUUGACACUAUAUGCAUAUACUUGGAGAGUGACCAGUCAGUUUGUAGUGACCCGGACAAAAACUUCUGGGUUAAAUACAGAAUGGCUGUGGUGAAUCAAAAGAAUCCAGCCAAGACUGUCUGGAAGGAAUCUUCUAUUUGUACAAAGACAUGGAAUAAUUCUGUUUUGCAGUUCAUGAAGGUAUCGGAUAUGUUAGAAGCAGAUGCAGGGUUUCUCGUGCGAGAAACUGUUGUUUUUGUUUGUGAAAUACUGGAUUGCUGCCCCUGGUUUGAGUUCUCCGAUCUUGAGGUUUUAGCUUCCGAGGAUGAUCAGGAUGCUCUAACAACUGAUCCUGAUGAACUCAUUGAUUCUGAAGACAGUGAAGGAAUAAGUGGAGAUGAAGAAGAUAUCUUUAGAAACCUUCUUUCUCAAGCUGGAUUUCACCUUACAUAUGGAGAUAAUCCAUCACAGCCACAGGUCACUUUACGAGAGAAGCUUCUAAUGGAUGCUGGGGCAAUUGCUGGCUUUCUGACUGGACUUCGUGUUUACCUGGAUGACCCAGCCAAAGUGAAGCGCUUGCUGCUUCCAACAAAGCUCUCUGGUAGUAAUGGAAAGAAGGCUUUGAAGACUGAUGAAUCUUCACCGAGUUUGAUGAAUCUGCUAAUGGGGGUCAAAGUUUUGCAGCAGGCAAUUGAUCUACUCUUGGAUAUAAUGGUGGAAUGUUGCCAACCCUCUGAUGGAGGUGCACAUGGUGAUUCUUCAGAUGCAAACUCUAAACCUUCUGAUGGUACAAAAGCUGCUAGCCCACAGGUUUGUGAUCAGAAAAAUGGAGCUGUGGAAUCUUCUCAAAUUCCUAUGCAUGAAAGGUUGGAUUCAUGUGUGGAUGAUGGUAGCACUGCCUCUGCUGUGCAAAGUUCUGACAUGAAUGGGAUUGACAUCUCUGAAAAACCUAUUCCUGGACUGUCUAUUUCUCCACCAGAAACAUCUGCUGUGGGUUCUUUGGAGAAUUUGUCGCUUUGCUCAAAGACCAAGUGGCCAGAACAAUCUGAGGAGCUCUUAGGGUUGAUUAUCAACUCAUUGAGAGCCUUAGAUGGAGCUGUUCCACAAGGAUGUCCAGAGCCAAGGCGGAGGCCCCAGUCUGCACAAAAGAUUACUCUUGUAUUGGAUAAAGCUCCGAAGCAUCUGCAACCUGAUCUAGUUGCAUUGGUGCCUAAAUUAGUAGAGCAUUCAGAGCAUCCACUGGCUGCUUAUGCACUUCUUGAACGACUUCAAAAGCCAGAUGCAGAGCCUGCAAUGCGAAUACCUGUAUUUGGAGCUCUCAGUCAACUAGAAUGCGGCAGUGAAGGGUGGGAACGUGCCUUAUUUCAAUCUUGUGAGCUUUUGGCAGAUUCAAAUGACGAACCUCUUGUUGCAACCAUAGAUUUCAUCUUUAAAGCUGCAUUCCAAUGCCAACAUCUCCAAGAAGCUGUUAGAUCUGUUCGUGUUAGGCUAAAAAAUUUGGGCCCAGAAGUCUCCGUGUGUGUUUUUGUUUUUUUAAGUAAAAUCGUAAAUAACUGGGGAGAUGUUGCUGAGGCCAUACUAAGAGAUAUUAAUUGUGAUGAUGAUUUAGUUGAAGAUUGCGCGCCUGUAGCUUCUGGGCUCUUCUUGUUUGGUGAAAAUGGAACCACUUCUGAAAGAUUGCAUGGGGUGGAUGAUCAGGCUUUUUGUGCUACUCGUCAUUUUUCUGACAUUUAUCUCCUGAUUGAGAUGCUAUCUAUACCUUGCCUUGCUGUUGAAGCUUCUCAAACGUUUGAGAGAACUGUGGCUAGAGGAGCCGUUGUAGCUCAGUCUGUAGCCAUGGUCUUGAAAAGGCGUCUAUCUCAGAGAUUGAAUCUUAAUUCCAGAUAUUUUGCUGAGAACUUUCAGCAUGCAGAUGCUGUAGUAGAGGGAGAACCCAAUGAGCGGCUUAGGGUUCAACGAGAUGAUUUCACUUCAGUUCUGGGUCUUGCUGAGGCAUUGGCACUUUCUAGAGACCUACGUGUCAGAGGCUUUGUGAAAAUGCUUUAUACAGUAUUAUUUAAGUGGUAUGUAGAUGAGUCCUACCGAAUGAGGAUGCUGAAGAGACUUGUUGAUCGUGCAACCAACGCUGCUGAAAGUAGUUGUGAAGUAGACUUAGAUUUGGAUAUUUUGGUUAGUUUGGUUUCUGAGGAGCAAGAAUAUGUUAGACCUGUUCUAAGCAUGAUGCGGGAGGUUGCCGAACUUGCAAAUGUUGAUCGAGCAGCUCUUUGGCACCAAUUAUGCACCAGCGAAGAUGUGAUUAUCCGCACGCGUGAAGAGAGAAAAGUCGAAAUUUCAAAUAUGAUCAAGGAAAAAGCUGCUUUGUCCCAGAAAUUAAGUGAAUCUGAGGCUGCAAAUAAUCGACUAAAGUCUGAAAUGAGGGCUGAGAUGGAUCGCUUUGCCCGGGAAAAGAAGGAACUUUCUGAACAAAUACAGGAGGUUGAGAGUCAACUUGAGUGGCUUCGUUUAGAGAGAGAUGAUGAAAUUGCAAAAGUUACUAAUGAGAAGAAAGAUCUUCAGGAUCGUCUUCAUGAUGCAGAGGCACAGCUCUCCCAGUUGAAGUCUCGGAAACGUGACGAGUUAAAGAGGGUAGUGAAGGAGAAGAAUGCUCUUGCUGAAAGAUUGAAGAGCGCUGAAGCUGAAAGGAAAAGGUUUGAUGAAGAAUUGAAAUGGUAUGCCACAGAAAAUGUGACACGAGAAAUUCGUCAGUCGCUUGAGGAUAAAGUUCGUAGAUUGACACAAACAGUUGGUCAAACUGAAGGUGAAAAGCGGGAAAAAGAGGAGCAGGUGGCUAGGUGUGAAGCAUAUAUUGAUGGCAUGGAAUCAAAGUUGCAAGCCUGCCAGCAAUACAUUCACACACUUGAGGCCUCACUUCAAGAAGAAAUGUCACGACAUGCCCCACUCUAUGGUGCUGGUCUGGAAGCACUGUCCAUGAAAGAGUUGGAAACGUUAUCUAGGAUUCAUGAGGAAGGGCUGAGGCAAAUCCAUGCCCUGCAGCAGCGUAAAGGCAGUCCCGCCGGCAGUCCUCUCAUGAGUCCGCAUACUAUCCCACAUAAUCAUGGGUUAUUCCCUACAACCCCACCACCACCUAUGACUGUUGGAAUGCCACCAUCCCUCGUUCCUAAUGGCGUAGGGAUCCACGGCAAUGGGCAUGUGAAUGGGGCAGUCGGGCCUUGGUUCAACCAUGCUUGAUUUCUAGUUCUUUUAUGCCAACGGGUAGACUUGCCCCCAUACUGGAUAACAUCUCUCAUUUCUCAAUUUGACGAGAUGUACUAUAUUUUUUUUAUCCUUUUUAUUUGGCAUUUUUGCUGGUAGAACUUUUGGAAGCACAUCUCUGAGGAGAAAGAAAUAAUAAGGGGGGCCAACCACCCCAUUCCCAGGUCAAAGUAACGGGUUGAUUGAAUGUCUGCAGUUAACAGUUGGGAAAUGCCAUUUUACCUCUGUGCUUCUUCUUUUUGUAUUUUCUUAUAGAAGUUAAUC